UACGAAAUAAGAGAGCAAGAUAGGUGGCUACCUAUAGCAAAUGUCGAUAGAGUAAUGAGACACUCUUUGCCAAAAAAUGUCAAAAUAUCAAAAGAAGCCAAGGAAUGCAUGCAGGAGUGCGUUUCUGAAUUCAUAUCUUUCAUAACAUCUCAAGCCGCAGAAAAAUGCCUGAUUGAAAAGAGGAAAACUCUCAAUGGCGAAGAUAUACUCUAUUCUCUGUAUUCUUUAGGAUUCGAAAACUAUGCUGAAGUUUUGAGAAUUUAUCUCGCAAAAUACAGA